CGCCAGGCUGUCCGGCGCGCAACGGCCGGGCCCAUGAGGCUGGGACUACAGCCCGCAUUGCGUCGGGGGCGCGGCGCUCGGUGUACCGCGGCGGCAGAGGCCUCGCUGGCGGUGGAGGACAGCUCGCGAAUCGGGGGAGUGUGGUGCGGUAGACAGCGUGCCCGCCCCCCUCCUCUGCAACUUCCCCCCUCCCGCUGCCAGAGCUGCAUCAAACAGCUCUCAGGUUUCUGCUGAUACUGCAGCGUCAAGACAUGGAUCGAGUUUGCUCCUCUCUCUUACGUAUUCAGCAGUCCAUUUGCUCUUGCCACAUGCGUCCAUCUCCUGCCUCCUGCUGCUGCUGCCGUUGGGACGAGCCAAGAGCCACUCCGGAGAUGCGGUUGCGGGACUGCGGAUCUCUCACGGCUCUCUAGCCGACGCUGUCCAGCACCCGGCUCCUUCUCCAGAUGUCUUAAAGGAAGAGAUCGGGAGAGCCAGCAGAUACUUAGGACAACCUUUUUUUGUUUAUUAAUUCAAGCCUUCGGAAAAAGACACUUUGCACUCUCUUCCACCCGCCGACUCCCUCACUGCGGUUUUCAGCAGAAACUACUUAAACCCACUCGCCCUUGGUGCAGCCUGAGUGCAUGAAUAUUUAAGUGUCUUGCAGGCAGUGCUGUACGGUGACCGCUGUGUUAUUAAGAAAGGUGCAAGAGGAGGAGGGUUGAGUUUGCCACUGCGGUUUUUGUUUUGCUCAGAUUCUUUUGGAUGGUGCUGCAAGACGGCUUGUCGCAUUCUGGCACUGGCUCCUGUUCCUAAUGAGCGCAUCUCACACAGAGCAGCAUCCACAGUGAUGAUCAAGUUGGCAAGAAAAGUGGCCGGAUCGAAUUAAAGGCGAAAGGAGACAGCUGGGGAGGGGACCCCAGCCAGGAGGUGCACCCCAUACACCCUGGCCUGGGGGGACAGGAUCCCUCGCCUUACCUGCCCUCUGCCCUCACCCCCCAAAGCCUGGGUCCCUCAUUCUCUGUGCCACAAUGACUGUGAUGGCUGGAGAGAACAUGGAUGAGACUUCUGUGCUACCUGGUCACCCCCAGGAUAGCUACCAGCCUGCUGCCCAUGAUGACCAUGAAUGCUGUGAGCGUGUAGUGAUAAACAUUGCUGGACUACGCUUUGAGACACAGCUAAAGACCUUAGCCCAGUUCCCCAACACACUGCUGGGCAACCCCAAGAAGCGCAUGCGGUACUUCGACCCUUUGCGCAAUGAGUACUUCUUUGAUCGAAACAGGCCCAGCUUUGAUGCCAUCCUCUACUACUACCAGUCUGGGGGACGGCUUCGCCGGCCGGUCAAUGUUCCCUUGGACAUGUUCUCUGAGGAAAUAAAAUUUUAUGAGCUGGGUGAGGAAGCCAUGGAGAAGUUCCGGGAAGAUGAAGGGUUCAUCAAAGAUGAGGAGAGACCCUUGCCGGAGGGAGAGUACCAGCGUCAAGUAUGGCUCCUCUUUGAGUACCCAGAAAGCUCUGGGCCUGCAAGGGUCAUUGCAAUAGUCUCUGUCAUGGUGAUCCUCAUCUCCAUUGUGAUCUUCUGCCUAGAGACAUUACCUGAGCUGAAGGAGGACAAGGAGUAUACAGUGCAUCGUACUGACAACACCACUCAGGUCUACAAAUCCAAUAUCUUCACAGAUCCCUUCUUUGUUGUAGAGACCCUAUGCAUCAUCUGGUUCUCCUUUGAGCUGGUGGUGCGUUUCUUUGCUUGCCCCAGCAAGACUGAAUUCUUCAAGAAUAUAAUGAACUUCAUUGACAUUGUGGCCAUCAUCCCUUACUUCAUCACCUUGGGCACUGAGAUGGCUGAGCGGGAGGGGACUCAGAAGGGAGAGCAGGCCACCUCCUUGGCCAUUCUGAGAGUCAUCAGACUGUCUCUCUGUCCUGAAGAAUCUGCAGCUGAAAUGUUGGUCUGGCUUCCGUAUAAGAAUUUGGCCGAGCUUCCAAGUGUGAGACUAAAGCUUCUUGGUUUGCUGUCUGCUGCAUGUAUCCAGACUGACAGGAAAAAUUUGUGCUGGGGGCAUCCUGAAGAAAGAGAGAUCUGAAGGCAGCUGUGCUGUUGGGGUAAGUCUACUCCUUCUUCUCAGAUUCUCUCUUUUAUUUGAAGCUUAUGUUUUAUGGUUUGGGGGAAGCACAAAAGUGGAAUGUAUAUGGAGCAUGUGAGCACAUGUAGUAGUACUAAAUCCCUGAUGGACUGACUCUGAGCCAGUUGAUAAUCACCAACUAAUCUCUGCUGGCAGAUUCUGCCUGGAUUACAAGGGCAUAUGCUUCUGUGCCAGGACACACAUGAUGCACUUGUGCUGAGGGCCUCAGUGUUUAUGUCAGAGAGCAGGCCAAAGAGUUGACAGUAGUGCUUGACUUCAGAGUAGAUAUAUGUACAGAUUAUCUUAUGUCAGCAUAACAGUGCUGUUGUAUGUGAGGCUGUGAGGUUUCAGACAGGUAGGUUUAGGUACAGCCACAUUUUGUUACGUUUCACCUGAAUGUAUAUGUAUAAUUGGGAUACAUCAAGCAUAUUACUUUUAAUAUUGUUUGUCCAAAUAUGCAAAGCCACAAGUACCGCUGGUAAAUAGUGCCAGGCACACUCUAUGCAUUUGUAAUUCCAUCAGAAUUGUUUUAUCUGGCUGCUAAGAAACUGUUUACAAGGCCCUUUAAAACACCUAUUUACCAGCAUAAGAAGCCUCAUAUUAGGCCACAGUUUCCCUGCCAUGUAAUUCACAGGCUACUGCCUCUUGCAGUAGGGAGUGUGGGCACAGGAUAGUGGGAAACACUUCCAAAUGAGGUGUGGAUACUUGUGGAGUUAGCAGUAUAUCAGAAUUCAAAGGAGAAACGUGCUUUUCUUGGUACCAAAAAAAGAAACUUAGAAAAAGCCAUAAUCUAUUUUCGAAUGUGGUAGAACUAAGGUAUAUUAACAUAGACUGUUAAAAGUAACUGCAGUAAAGUUUUCUAGACAAACUUGAUACUUCCAAGUAUAACUGAAAAACUCUCACUACCACAGGAAAGAAGGGUAGAGAAGAAACCUUAUUUUAUGUAUAUUAUAUUUUAUUACAAUAUAUGCAAUAGAGCAACUAGUAUAAACUGGACCUGAGAAAGCCAAAUAACAAUAAUGUCUCCUACUUUAUUAUGUUCAUCAGUGAUGUCAGAGGCAGAUGGUGGCAAUAUGGCAGUGGAGGCUGAACUUUCCUGCCAAUUCCAUUAAGUUUUAUUGCCAUGCAAUAGAUAGCAGCAGAGGGGUAGUUUGACAAAAAGUCGUUUGACGUGGAAGUGUCUAUGAAGAAAAGGUGUAGAACUGAAUUCCUUCAUGUGGAAAAAAAUCACACCAUCGCACUAUUCUCAAUGUUUCUGAGCUUUUAUGGAGACUAAGCAGUGAUGUCAGCACAGUGAAGCAGUAGGUGGUGGAUUUCAGCAGUGGUGACAGAAGUCUGCUGGUUCAGGCUUUUAUGAAUGUAGCAUGUGGGCUCUUGUUCAUUGCUGGCAAAAAAUACACAGCUAAUGGUGUUGACUGUGUUGAAAAAUAGCGUUCUGUAGCUGAAAAAUUGCUCUAUCAAACAGUGUUACUGUGCUCUUUUUAUCUUUUGUCAUUUCCAUGGAAAUAAGUAAAAGGCAUUAUUUUCAGAGUGAUAUACAUAUUUUCUGCUCAGUAGCUGUAGUCUCAAGCCUUUUUCAGGGGCAAUCAAGCAUAGGAUAAAUGGGGCUGAUCUUGGGCAUGCUAAUUCUGGUUUCUUUCCAAAACUUGCAAUGGCUUUAACUUGUCAGAAAAUUCAAGAAUUCUAAAACUACAUCCUUGAAAGUGGAGGUAGGUAGAGGUGAACACUUCAGUAGCAAUUUCCAUGUGAAUAGCAUGAUCAUGAAAAACAAAACUAAAAUGAACCCUCACCUCUUAUGUGCCUACAUUUUUUCACUGGGUGGAUUUUGAUUUUUCCUUAAACUUCAUUUAAAACUUAAAAUAUUUCUCAGGGACAUCUAUCUAGAUUGCAGUAAAGGUGAUGGGGAGCUGGCUGUAUUAUGGAACUCUCAGAAACUUUCUGUUCAACCUUCAAAGAGCUCUGACAUAAUGACAAGAAAGAUGGCCUCGGAAUUGCAUCUUAACUCCAGAAUAUUAUGGAAAACUAUUUUCUUUAAAUGCAUGUGUAAAAAUGCAUGUUGUGGGAAAACCAAGUAGACUGUUUAGAACUGAUACUUUGAGAUUUAAACUUGCUGUGAUGCCAAUAUAACCUAUUCUCAAAUUAAAAAAGCAACAUUGUAUUGUGCUUGAGAUUUGUCACUUCACAGUUAGGAGACCUUGGGUCUUCAGUAGCUAUGGGUUCAGUUGGGCAAAUCUCUGUGGAAUCCCCAGAGUUAAAUGUCACAAAUUACCACAAAGGUGGAUGGCAGGUCUAAUGUAAGGGGCAAGGGGAAUAGGGAAAGGGCAUAGUGUAUAGAAUGUAAAAUGUUUCAGGAUUUGAAUUCCAGAAGUCUAAAUUGGAGUUCAGGACUUCAGAUAGAUUGUUAAAUACAGAACUGGAGAAUUAAAAUGCUCUUGAUAUGGUCUGUAAAUUCCAUAAAACAAGAAUAGUCAAAGAUGUGUAGUUUUAGAAGGAAUGGGGAUUAGUAUAGUAGUGUGGGACAGGAAUGGCAUUUAAAAAAAAAAUGCCUUGAGGCUCAUGGAUUCACGAGUAAGACAACAACUAAAAUUCAGCAGAGAACUUCAGUGGGUCUGAAACAGUGAGAGGCACUUGAAUCUGAAGAGAGAUAACGAGGAAGUUUAGCAGAACAGUAACCACCUUGUGAAAAUGGGAAGAAUGCAAGAAUGAGGACUAGGGUGGUUUUGUUUCCUACAUUUUUGUGGAUUAGGGAUGAGGCAGGACUGGGACCAGGUAGUGUGAAAGAAUACUGAGCUUUCUUUUCCUGAAGAAAUGAAGAGCAGUUUUAGCAGAGGGAAGAUUUUUGUAAUUUUACAGCAAAACAACAUGCUUUUAAGAGAGUCUAUACAGACGUAUAGGUAGAUAUAAAAAUGAGACAGUGGAGAAUUUCAGAUAUCCUGAGUAUUGUGGGACAUGAAGAAAGUAACAUUAGUGAUGGAAAAAAUCUAUUAUUUAGCCAUAUAAACUUACAAUCUUGAAGAUCCAGAAACUGCUUGUUUUGUUAUGCAGAUCCCUGCAGAAGAUGUCUUGAACCACAUCUUCCUCGAGCAUGCAGCCUGUGAUAAGGACUCCAGCUCAUCCUCACAUACAGGAAAGAUCUCUUUCCUACUGUGCAAUAGAAGGCUGGUGCUUUGCAAAGCAGUCUUUGGGAUGCUACAUCUCUAAUACUAGUGCAGAGCUAAGGCCUCUUAGAAGUAUGUCACAUGAAACCAAGUGUAGGAGAAGAGCUGCAGGAUUGCUUUGUAUUAUCAUGCAAUAUCAGUUUUCCACCAGUGAGUGUGCAACAGAGAGCAGGCUAAAGGGAAGUGACUAAAUAAACCUGCCCAACAGUUUGUGAGAUGUGCCAACUUAGGCUGUGUGUUGCUUUUGAGGCCUGAGGUGGAACUGUGGCCCCUAGUCCACUCUCUACCACCAGUCACACUUCUUUUCUACCUCCUUGCAGAAGAGCACAGGGUCCUCCUUAUGCAUGUGCGCAUAGAAACUGCUGAAGCUGUGUGCCUACAAUAUAGCCAUGAUGAUAUCAAGCUAAAUAUUUUGAGGUGAGAAGACAGAAUUGGCCCCUUCUGGGUGAGAGUUUAGCAAGUAUUGAAAAGUCAGAGCCUUAUAAACAGAUUUUGAUGAUGGACUCUAAUGAAGGGAGUGGGAGACCAUUUAGACAUAUUUGCAUUUUGCCACAAGAGUCAACACUGUCCUGUUGAAAGUGACAAAAUAUUUGUAAAAAUUUGUAUUUUCUCCCAUUUCUGAAUCUUCAUUUCAUAAUUAAAUUUAUGUUGAAGCAUUCCUUAAUGAAUGAGUUAAAAAUUGGCAUCUCCCAGGUAGACACAGAGUGUAUAGAGAAUAUGGAAAUUCCUUAUUUUCUCUCAGAUCUAGUUGGUGAGGGACCUAUCACUGAGAAGAAUUGCUUGCUCAAACUUAACACAAUCUUCUCAAAGAUUGCCAAGCACACUGUAUCUUCUUGCUGUCAAGAGUAUUAAUUAUGUUGCUUUCUGCUUCUUCACAAUGUUCAAACCUCUCUGUAAGAUCUUUAGUUAAUGCAGGGCACUGAAAACUGAUGGUACUGCUGAAUAGGUUUAAAAAACUUUCCAAUGUCAAGAAAUUUGCCCUUUCAACUUAAGAGGUAGUUCUUAUUGGUUGUCUGUACUUGACUGUUCAGUUUGCACUGGUACUUGAUAUAGUUUCUGGCUUUCCAACUCAUAUGCAAGUGUAACCAGACAAAACAAAAUUGUAUAAGAUCUUUGUAAAUGAGAACAUCAUUUGCUUUCAGUGGGAUUCUGAAGCCUAGAAUUGAAUUUACUGUUUCUAAGAAAGCAUUUUUGACCACUCUACUUGUUACAUAAAGAGUUACAAAUAUGCAGAGACCAUAUUUUCUUUUUAAGAUAACAAAAUGGUACUUUGUUUCAUGUUUUUACUAUUUGCUCAGCUGUAACUGGAUAUUCUGUCAGUGAGUAUUAAAUGGAGAGAUUCUUUGACUUUAGAAUUAAUAUGUCCAUCUUUCUGGUUGAACAUAAAAUGAUUCUCUAUUUCUUUUCUUUUGUUUCAGAUUCUAAUAAAUUCAGUCUUGGAUGACUAUGGCUACCUCUGCCAGCUAGUGGAUUAAAGCUGAAGUGAAUUAGGAAUGAGGGUACAGUUCUGUAGGCCCUGCUUCUUUUGUGGAUAUGCAGAUUAUUUUUCUGGCCAUCAUAAAGGGAUCUGGGUCCCUUCAGCUUUUCAAAAUGCUGCAUUAGUUUUAACAUAUGAGGUAUUAUGUUUUGCUCCCAGACAUGAUGGGCUUUGAACAUAUCAGUGUAGAUCUCAGCUUUUCAGUUUUUCAAAUACUUGCCUAGGUUAGAAACAGUUUCUGAGCAGCAUGCCCUUGCCUUGUUAAAGAACAAGAAACUUAGCAAAUCAAUCACCUAUACAGCCAAAGCAGUCUGGCAUGCAAAUUAACACACCUUUCUGAGCUCCAAACCCUGAAAAGCAACAGACAGACUUGUUGAUUUCAGGAGCAGCAUUAACACACUACACAGAUGACAUUCAUUGCUCUUCCUUUAUCACUGAUGAUGUAACUCCAUCACAAAAGCCCAACAAGUUUGUCAGGCAUGACUUACCCUUAGGGAAGCCAUGUUGGUUGCAACCAAUCACUUUGUCUUUAUCUCCCAUGUGCCUUAGUAGGGCUUUCAGGAGGAUCUGCUCCAUGAUCUUGCCAGGCACAGAGGUGAGAUUGACUGGCCUGUAGUUCCCUGGAAGUUCUUUUUCUUUUUUCCUUCUUGAAAACGGGGGUUAUGUUUCCCAUUUUCCAGUCAGUGGGAACUUUACCAGAUUGCCCAUGACCUUUCAUAUAUGGGGAUAGAGUAGGAAGGGUUCAACUUGGCUUCAUAGAGGGACUGAUACUAUAAAUAAAUCAUUCCCUUUUCAAAAUGGGAUUGGGUGCCAUAAGUUAAUGUCCUAGAUUGAUCCUGCAUUUAUUUGGUCUAUGCUUUUCAGUAAAUGCUGUUUGCAUGUGUUCAGUUCUGUUGGUGGGAAAAAAGUUGAUGUUGUUAAAGAACAAGGCACAACUUCAUUGCACUGCUUUUUGACAGCAUUUUGCAUAUGAGAGUCUGACACUACCACUGGAUAUCAUGCUGCUCAAAUUUCUCAAAAUCUUCUUUCUAGAAGAAGCCCUGAAGUGCAGUUUGCCUAUCUCUAUUCCAGGAACAACGCUCUUUCCACUCUGCAGUGCCUUUCCUAUGGAUAGAUACUCCUUCCUCACAACAGUGCUGGGAAAGAAGCUUUGAACCUUGGCAACUGCCAGAUGAUUCCCUGAAAUCUCAGUUACCAGUAGAUUAGGGCUCCUGAAGUAUCUACUGCCAUACAAAAUCUGCUGUUGCUUGCCUGGCUGAAUAACAGCUGUUAGUGGGCAGGCAAGAAAUUGCACACAUACCAGAAUGCAUCCUGGUUAUCUGCCAUGGAUUUUUCCAAAACUGUAGGUUGAAGGUUUGUGUAACCUGUAGUUAGUUUUCCCCAGGGGGACUGGGUUCUGGUCUUGUUUAACAUCUUCAUCAAGGACCUAGAUAAAGAGAUAGUGUCCACGUUCAGUAUGUUUGCUGAUGAUAUAAAGCUGGGAGCAGUGUCUUGACAUACUGACAACAUAGGAAGUUCCAUACAAACCUGUGGACAAACUUCUUUACUUUGAAGGUGACAGAGCACUGGAGCAACCUUCCCAAAGAGUUUGGAGAGUCACCUUCUCUGGAGAUAUUCAAAACCUGCCUCAACACUUUUCAGUGCAACUUAUUCUAGGGAACCUGCUUUAGCAGAGAGGUUGGACUAGAUGCUCACUUGAGGUCUCUUCCAACUCACAGUAUUUUGUGAUUCUCUUCUGUGUUGAAGUGAAAGUUAUCCUGAAGCAUUUUAUAGCCUGUCAGGUCUUCUUCUGCACUGCAAAUAGCUGACUGACCUAACAAUGGAAUCCUAUCUCUCUGCUUGAUCAGAAGCAUUAAGUUGAAUCUUGACAUAAGACUUCAGAGUAGUUCUCUUUGGGGAUAACUCACAAUAUACUUCUGAAAAGUGAAUCAGCUUGUGGAGCCCUCCUACGACUACUGUCAGUGGGUUCACCAACCUGACUUCACUUUCAUCAACAAGAACAGCAGCUUUUUUUUAGUCCCAUCCCUGAAAAGUAGAAUCACUUUUUGACAGUGUGCGUGUGUGUGCAGAAAUACAGGGACAUGAUAUGUACUCAUCUGCAAAAACAGUCUUUACUAGCAAAAAUCCCAGAAGAGUUUGGACAUUCAGCAUGGUACAGUAGAUCAUUCUCUGGCACCAGUAAGAAAUUGGCCUUCAUCCUGAAAAGCAUCCUGAAAAAUCCUGAAACUCAAGCUGUAAAUUAUGUGAAAACUCAGUCCAAGACUAAGAUGUAUCAUCUUUUGAGAGCGGGACAUAAAUCCAAAAGUAAAAGUAGUUGAGACUCAGUGGAAGAAAUUCUACCUUUCACUUUCUCCCCAUUCCAAAUAAUACAGGGUGUAUUGCGUGUUUUGAAUUACACCAGCUUCUAUAAGCAAAAGAGGAAAUGGGUGUGGAGCCAUCAUUUGCUAUUCUCAUCAAUUUUUAGUGUAAAAUCUUCUGUCAAAUCUUAUUAAUUCAACUUCUUUUGACUUCUCUCAGAUUUUCUUUAUUCUUGUUUCUUACAAGAGCAGGUGAUUUCUCUCCCUGUGUAUUGUCAUAACACUAAGCUGUUCAGCUGAUUGUAAGGAGUGAAAUAUAUGCCUAAAAAACAAGGUAAGUUUCUUUGGUCAACUUCUGUUUUAAUUUUCUUGUGGAGAUAGCAUAAACAGUGCAGAUGAACUGACUAGUAGAUAGGAAGACCACCUAUUUCCAAACAUGCAAAAAAUAUGUGCAUUUCAGUUUCUACUAUCUGCUUUGAAUUAUUUAGACUUCUAUAUUAACUGUCUCAUGUACCAGCUAUUCCUUGUCCGAACAGAAAAAUAACAUUCUAUAUAAGGUCUGCUUAGAUCUCAACCUACUCCAGCGAUCCCUCAUUCCCCAUUCAGUGAGGCCUGGUGCAGCAGUCCAGGUUCUGUCUCCAUUUCUUGCUGUGACUAUACCCAGUCCUCACUCCAAUCUAUAUCAAGGCUGCUUUCUUCUUUUACCAAUCAAAGCAGGCUCUUUUCAAGAAACUGGGGUCAUCUUUUUAGGGGAAACAUUUCGAUUACUUAGUCUUAACACCAGAAUAGUGUGAAAUGCCCGAGUCAGAAGAAUUCUCUCUUCUAGCUUUGAAGUGCUUUUCUACCUCUGAACACUAGCUAUGGUGUGGAAGUAUGCUGAAAGUAGCAUGGAGAAUAUGAAGUAUGUCUUAGGCACCACUGUGACUGAAAGUUCAUGUGUAAUAUUUUGAAAGCAGAAACACAGUGACUUUGAGCUUAUCAAAAGUUUAUCUUAAAGGUUUGUAUGCCUUGCUAAUACCAGCUUCUUUUCUCCUUAGCCUUCCUUAUUGGGAUGCUGAAUUCAUUUGUACACAUCUUCACAUAUGAUUAUUAGGCUCUGCCCAGCCUGCAAGCCCAGAUGUACCUGUGGUGGAAGCAUUAUCUCACCGUCAUGCAGCUGGUAAUUAAUUUCAUGUACUCAUCUCUGCACUUCCAUGUAUCGGAUGUGAAGGCACCUGCUGUCUGUCUCUGUCCUCUCACUGGCACAAGAAUUUUUGUUUGCUAUUUAUGAAAUCUCUAUGUCCUUAGGCAUCUAAUACACCAGUGUGAGAGGUGAACUGGCUUUUGUCUUGCUCUGAGAGAUACUUUCAGAAAUCUGCCCAUAGGCCUUCAAUGACUACAUUUGCUUCAAACUGAUAAACCCCAUUUUUGUAAUGAAAUGGAAAGAGAAAACUUAAAAAUUAGACUUCCUCCUCUUCUGUUUUGUGUGGCAGACUUUUUACACUCUGGAGCCCUGAAAACAUAGCUUGAUAUUGAGAGGUGUGAGGCAGUUACUUGGGAAAUCUUUGGAUUCUUAGUACGGGUGGAAAUUCAACACCCUUCAUUGAGUUCCUUCAAAGAGUUAUCUAAUUGCAGGCAAACAAAGAAGAGUUAAAGAAAAAUAUGUGAGUUUUGCUUGCUCUAUAUGGAAUUCCUUUUUCAUUUCCUUCUCUCUAAAGAGGUAACAAAACCUGCCAACACCAUAUUUUUUCAAAGAUACAGAAUAAAAGCAAUGUUUUAGACAAGGACAAUGAUUGUAGUUAAGUAUGUGGGAGAGGUACUCCAUAUAAAGCGUGGUUAUAGAAACAACAUGUAUGCAGUUUAAAAAAAAAAAAAAAGAGGUAGAGUAGUUGUAAAAUGGUGCAGAGAGGACUGGUCCAGAAUUCUUAUUUAUUCUGAAUGGCAAAAGCAGAACAAAAAAGCAUUGCAUGAAAAUGAAAUAUAUUUGUAGUGCAAAAGAUGAUACAGGAAAUCAGCUUUUAUUUAACUGACUUUCAGUAGGUAGAACUCAUUGUUACAGGUUAUUGAGACAAGUGACUUUGUAAAAUAUAAAGUAAAAGGAUUCAUGUUUAAAUGAAUGCAAGUAACAUCUGUACUUCUCCCUAAGCUAAAAUAGAAAUCAAAACCACAGCAGGUAGGAUAGUCGGAUGACCACUCAGGAAGAAAAGGAGUCUCCCACCUUUGGUUUUCAUAUUUCAAGAUCUAGGUUACCAGUUCAUGGCAGAGAACAGAUGCAAGGCCAGCUAUGGGAAAGGCUGGAUUCCAAACCUGCUCCUUGCAGUAACUGUCAAGGCUCAACCUUUGGUGGACAUGUGGUACCCCUCUAUAUUGUGGAAAAAGCUGCUGAACUGGGAAGGCAAGUUUUUCAGAAGUGCUGUGAGAGGCAAGCAGACUGUAGUCCAGGUUGAGGAUACUAUGAGUAUGUACCAUGUUGUGAUUUUCUCUAUGAUGGCAUAAUCAUUCUUAUGUCUUAUGUAGGAUCUCUAAUCUUGCUGCUUCCUUUUCAAGUCCUUACAGUUAAAUAUUACAUCACAGUAAUACUCCGCAAGUCAAAAGGACUGGAAAUCAUAAAUUGCAAGUUUGGAUGAUUCAUACUCUCUGGUAGAGUCUAAUAUUUUGAGGUUGAAAAUAUCCUUUUGCAACUGGACUUAUAAAAACCUCUGGGCUAAAUGCUGAUCCCACCAAUAUCAGUGUCAAAGCCUGCAGAUUUAACUGGAAACAAGGUGGCACAGCUGUGUGAAAAACAAUGUAUGUGGUACAUGGGCAAGGUUUUGGUGUGAGCAGCAAUGAGUAUUAGGCAGGGUAGACAGAUGACUUCCAAGGACACAGUUGUGUGCAAGUGUUCCCCUUAUAAAAUGUGGGUCUUUUUAUUUUUCAAAGUAGCUUGCAUUCGUAAGAUACACAGUAUAAUGAAUAAGUUUGAUAUCUGAUAGUGUUCAGCAUCUUUCCUACUGUUCAAGUCAAUGUACAGAUGUUCUGACCAAAUUAGUUUUGAAUUAACCAGACCAUUUACUCAGUGCUUACUUUCUCCUGGAAGAUUAAUGAGAGUGAUUCUAAUUUGAAUUAUAAUAAAAUACAGAAAAUAAAAAAUAAUUCCAAUUUUUUUUUCUUGACUGUGUGAUGUAAAGUUUCCAGAGAAACUUAGGCUUAAAACUGCAAAACAGCAUAAAAUACGGAAACAUAGUUGGGUUUUAACAACAGGAUUUUUUUGGGUACUACUGAAAAAUAUGGCACUGUAUGGUUUGUUUGUUUGUAUGUUUGUUUGUUUUUAAAGGCAUAAUUACUCCAAAUAAUUAAUUAGGCAAAGAUAGGAUGCAGUAGAUUGCUCUGCACAAUAAAUAAAAUCGGUUGAUAAAACAUCUCCGAGAUGAACAUUAAAAAAGGUCAGCUGAUACUAUAUAUAGAACAAUGUAAAGUUGCUGACUACAGUAAUGAAUAAUUUCAUGGAUUAGGCCCUGAUAGAUGGAGUGCUCUCAUCCAGAUGUUUACUGUGAUUU